UUGGCUUAGUAUUUUUAACAUUUAUAUAUUUUCUCUGUGUACACGAACUGCAGCAUGAUUCUUGAAGGCGUAUAAUCUGAGCUUAAGCGGCUCUGAAAUUCUUCUCCUGGAGCGCGGCUUAGGGUUCAUCGUGUUCGGCAAAGAUGUUCUCCAAGAGGAAAUAUAUGGAUGGUGGUGAUGGGCGUGAGAUGGGGAUGAAGCGGCCACAAUCUUUUGACUCAAGUUCAUCUUAUUUUGGGGGUCCCUCUGGUUCAGGUCUAAUGUACACUUCUUCUUAUGCAUAUGGCGGUGAACCUCCACCAUUUCCGGUUGUUCGAUUGCGCGGCCUUCCUUUUGACUGUACAGAGGCUGAUGUUAUUGAUUUUCUUCAUGGCCUGAAUCUUUUGGACAUUCUUUUUAUUCACAAAGGUGGCCGUUUCACUGGUGAAGCCUUUUGUGUCCUGGCAUAUCCCCUUCAGGUAGAUUUUGCCAUUCAGAGGGAUAGGCGAAUCAUGGGUAGAAGGUACAUUGAGGUUUUCAGAAGCACUAGGCAAGAAUACUAUAGUGCUAUUGCAAAUGAAAUUUCAGAUUUGAGGUCUGGUUCUCCGCGUCGUGGUGCUCGUAAGGCAAAGUCGAAAGAUGAUGGAAAGGAUCUAAUUGAGCACACUGGAAUCUUGAGGAUGAGAGGUUUGCCAUAUUCUGCUGGGAAGGAGGACAUCUUAGACUUCUUUAAGGACUAUGAACUAUCAGAAGAUCGUAUUUAUGUUGUGCUCAAUGCGGAUGGUAGGCCAAGUGGGGAAGCUUAUGUAGAAUUUGCAAAUCCAGUUGCCUCCCGGUCUGCAAUGGUGAGGGAUAGGAUGACACUAGGAAGACGUUAUAUUGAGCUGUUUCCUUCAACAACAAAGGAGAUGGAUGAUGCUCUUUCAAAAGGUCGCUGAGUUGUGGUAUUUUAACCAUAGAAUUUACUUUGAUUUGUGGUCAUUAGAUGAGUAGCGUCCAAGUUUACCUCUUUAGUUAGCCUACUUAGGCUCUGUUUGGGACGAUUUUUUUUUCUGCUUCUUAAAACAGCUUUUUAAUAUAUUUUUGUACUAAAAAGCUGCUUUAUGAAGCAGUAAGAAAACCGUCCUGAACGAAGCUGUAGUAUGGAAAGCGAUGCAAAGUAAAAAACUGUUUUAGCACUUGUCUAGACUAGUUCAUGAAAUCCAGUGGCACACUUCUUUAUGAUAUAUUCUUUCCUAAGGCAUGCUAAAGCUUCAUCCUGUGUCUUGUUUCUUACCUUCAGCACAUGACAUUAACAUUAUCUCUGCAACUUUUAUCAUGCGUUAUGCUGCAUUGUUUA